AUGGCAAGCCUUGAUUUCAUAUGCCAGCCCUCCAUUGUUGAGAGGGGAGCCAACUUCAAGAAGCCCCCCAUCAUCGUCAAAUUUGAGAACUUUCCCACCCAAUAUAGCUACUUCUCGGCAAAAAUCUGCCUCAAGGACGAGCAUAAUCAGAUGUAUGUAAACGAGUCUCUUGGCGGUGCGACUAUAACGUCCCCCGUCUUCGACGAGGCCAACAACGCGUGCUACUUCAAGAUCCGGCACACCAAUAUCAGGGCCAAGGGAAAAUUUCGUAUCGAGGUCCAGGUGUUUGGAACUCAUCCAGAGCAUGGGCAAGAUUACAUCACCCACAACUGCUCCCGCCCCAUCAAGGUCAUCAGCCGCGACCCGGAUGUUCCCCUCAGCAAAGAGGAUAAAGCGUUUCUGACUUACAUCAAGUCUCUGGAGUGA